CUCGCCGAAAAGGGGGUUUCCAGGCUCGCCCUGUUGGGGAAAGUGAAAGUGAAAGGAGGGAAGGAGAGAAGCAGCCGGGCUUGGGCAAUCUGAAGUCGUGUUGCCAUGAAGUCCGCAAUCCUGCUCCUGCUCGCCGUGGCCCUGGGCUGCGCGCGCGCCUGGGCCGGGCCCGCCGUGCUCGAGUGCUGGUUCGUGCAGGACGCAGGCGGGGGCCGCCUGGAUAAGCUCCGCGCGGCCCUGCUGCUGCGCCCGGCCUCGGGCCCUGCACCGCCCCGGCCAGACCUCGACCCCAAGUUCUACCUCCAGGUGCAGGACCCGGCGGGCGCCCUCCAGGCCGCCUUCCAGCGCUUCCCCCGGGACGGCCCCGCGCCGCGCUGCGAGAUGAGCAACUACGUCCUGCUGCCCGCGUCCGCGCACUGGGCCGCCGGCCUGACCCCCGAGCCCAGCUGCCCGCGGAGCCUCGACGGCGCCUGGUACUUGGCCAGCGUCACCAGCCCGCUGCUCAGCCUGGCCUGCCUCCUGCGCCCGCAGCUCCAGCCCUCGGGGGACCCGGGGAUCACCCCCUCUACAGCUGUGCUGACCGUCUUCUCCUACACCCCUGUUCCUCAAAUCCGUCUGGGACAAGACGCUGUGCUGGACUUGAGAUUUGCCUAUGCACCUCCACCCACCAUUGGGGCUGCUCCUGCCCCAGGGCCCCCUCCCUUUGGGCUGGAGUGGCGGCGCCAGCACCUGGGCAAGGGGCACUUGCUCCUGGCUGCCACUCCCAAGCUGCAGGGGCUGCUGCCCAAAGCCCAGGAGGGCGCAGUGGCCUUUGCUGCUUGGAAUGACGAGGAUGAUCCGAGGGGCCCAUGGACUGGAAAUGGGACUCUUGUGCUGCCUGCGGUCCGGCCUGCCCAGGAGGGCACCUACCUGGCCACUGUCCAUUUACCCUACCUGCAAGGGCAGAUCACCCUGGAGCUUGGGGUACAGAAGCCCCCCAAGGUAUCUCUGAUGCCAGCACCUCUUGUGUGGGCUGCACCCGGGGAAGCUCCCCCAGAGCUGGUCUGCCUUGUAUCCCGGUUCUACCCUCCUGAGGGCCUGGAAGUGGUGUGGGAGCUCCGGGAUGGCCCUGGAGGUACCUCCCAAAAGGUCAAGGAGCCCCAGUGGCUCUCAGCACUGCGCCACCACUCGGAUGGUUCCGUCAGCGUCUCAGGACAUCUGCAACUGCCCCCGGUCACAUCCGAGCAGCACGGGGCCCGCUAUUUCUGCCGCAUCCGACACCCCACUCUGCCAGCUUCUGUGCGCACUGCAGAGGUCACCCUGGAGGUGGCAGGUCUCUCAGGACCCUCCCUGGAGGAUGGUGUUGGCCUUUUCCUGUCUGCCUUUUUCCUCCUUGGGCUCUUCAAGGUGCUGGGCUGGGUUGGUGAGUGUGAACCCCACCAGAACCCCCCAUUGUGAUACACACCUCACCACCUCCCAGACCCCUGGCACCCCCUAUUCUGCUGCCACCCCACUCCCAUCCUGUCUCAAUCUCU